UAUUAUUGUUUCAUUAAUCUAAAUAAUAACAAUCACCUGCUUGAAGUGUAAGAGCAGGGAAAAUAUGGCAAAAAAUACCUCCAGUUCAGCUUUCCGAAAAAUAGACAUCGAUCAAUACAAUGAAGACAACUUCAAAGAGGAUGAAGCCGAGCAAGCUAUGCCCGCCGGCCCCGAUGAGGGGGAAGUCUGUGCAUUAUUGAAUCAAGGAAAAUACAAUGAAGCACUGAAAACAGUUUUGGACAAUGCACCAUUAGGGUCUCCCAAUCAACAAGUAAAGGACAAUGCCCUGACACUCACAUUAAAAGUGUUGCUCACCAUUAAAUCUGCACAAAUUGAAGAUGCCGUAGCAAACCUAUCCCAGGACGACAUUGACAUACUGAUGAAAUACAUCUACAGGGGCUUCGAGUACCCAUCUGAGGGAUCUAGCGGGCAUCUGCUCCUUUGGCAUGAGAAAGUUUACAAUGUGGGUGGCACUGGCUCCAUAGUGAGGGUCCUGUCUGACCGUAUGAGAGUUUAGAC